GCCCCAGUCAUCUCACGAAGAUGGCGGGCAGCGGGAGGCUGGCGCUGCGGGCGUUCUCUGGGUGUGGCUGGGUGCGCGGCUCGGACCCUGCCGUGCUGAGCCGCCUGCGCAGCGAGGCCUUGGUGCUGCCCGGCUUCCUGAGCCAGGCGGAGGAGGACACGCUGACCCGGGAACUGGAGCCCCAACUGCGGCGACGGCGCUAUGAGUACGACCACUGGGACGCGGCUAUCCACGGCUUCAGGGAGACAGAGAAAUCCCGAUGGUCCGAAGCAAGCCAGGCCAUCCUGCAGCGGGUCCAGGUGGCUGCCUUUGGCCCUGACCAGACCCUGCUAUCUCUGGUCCACGUGUUGGACCUGGAACCUCGAGGCUACAUCAAGCCCCAUGUUGACAGUGUCAAGUUCUGUGGAUCUACCAUCGCCGGCCUUUCGCUGCUGUCCCCAAGUGUUAUGAAGCUGGUGCACACCCAGGAACCUGAGCAGUGGCUGGAACUGUUGCUGGAGCCAGGUUCUCUCUACAUUCUAAGGGGUUCAGCCCGAUACGACUUCUCCCAUGAGAUUCUUCGAGAUGAUGAAUCAUUUUUCGGGGAGCGCCGGGUCCCUCGGGGCCGACGCAUCUCAGUGAUUUGCCGCUCCCUCCCUGAGGGGAUGGGGCCAGGAAGGCCAGAGGUGCCACCCCCAGCCUGCUGACCUGUGUGCCGAUUCUCUGGAUAUGUGAAUGAGAGGUCGUGAUGUGAGUCUGAAGGCUCAAACCUCAUUCCCACCCAAGCCCCCCCGGGCCCUGCCUUCCCUUACCGCCAUGAACAGCGCUGAGGAGGUCUCACUGUCAAUGUCGCUCUCCUCUGAGCUAUCUGACUCAUCACUGCUGUCUGCACAGACCAGAGAAGGAUCGUAAGCAGAGACCCUAGAGCCCACCCUCCCAGCACCUUCUGCGAGUGGGUCCAGAAGAGGAGGGCGCUGUCCAUUGUCCACCAGCACUGAACACCCCAUCUACCUUUCCUGCGUUUCUUCUCUUGUGGGGUAUGGACCUUCUUCUCUUCCUCCUCCUCCUUGUCUUCCUCAGGGGGCUUCUCCUCCUCACUCUCCUCACUGCUCUCACUCUGCUCAUCCACACCUGGGGACACAGAUAUGAGAGGCAACUCUCCAGCAGACUCCCACCUCCCAGCUGGUCCCCAACUGACACCUACCCUUGGGACCAUCCUCCUGCUGGGGCACUUUGGGCUUGCCCUCCGUCUCAUCCGGAGAGCUGCUGUAGGGCAGAGAAGGGUGUGAGUCUGUGAAGCCGGUGGCCGUGGGCCUGCUUCCCGCUUGCCUCCCCUGCCUCACCUGGAGCCAUCAGACAUGUAGUCUACCUCCUGGCCCUCAAAGUCCCCAUCGUCACUGUCCUCAAAGGCCUCGUCAUCUGAGCCCUUCUUCUUUUUCUUCUUCCUGCCUGCCUUGGUCAGUGGGGCCUUUUUCUUAGCCUUGGAGGUUCUAUUGCCUGUGAAUGGAAAGCGAUGUAAGAGGGGCUCAGACUGGAUGAGCCCAGAGCGUUGCAGGAUAGGCGGGGGCUCUACCGAAGCCACACCCCCAGGGAGGUUCUAGGCAGAUGCUGUGCCCUGAGCAGCAUUCGCCACCUAGCCAGGAACUCUAACGUGAUGCCAUGUGCAUCGUUAUCCUCAAGGACUGACAGUCAAGGCCACAGUCACUGACAUCUGACACUUUUAUAAAGGAUCUGAGCAUGCAGCGCUAUAGGGACAUGAGGACUCACAGUCACCAGGAGAGAAAGGCAGGAAUUCUGUCGAGGUUAGUUACAUUAACCUGAUCCAAACUAGAGUCAUCCAAGAGGAAGGAGCCUCAAUUGAGAGCACUGCUCCAUAAAAUCAGGCCAUAGUGACCCUGUAGGUUCUUUUCUUCCUUUUUUUCCUAGACAGGGUUUCUCCGUGUACCCUUGGCUGUCCUGGACUCACUUUGUAGACCUUGACCUCACAACAAUCCGCCUGCCCCUGCCUCCCAGAGCACUGGGGUUGCGGGCCUGCGCCACUGGCCAGGUUACUAAUUUUCUUAGUGAUUGACGGGAGCACCCAGCCCAUUGUGGGUGGUGCCAUCCUUGGGCUGGCAGUCCUGGGUUCCACAAGAAUGGGCAUGCCCGUAAUCCCAACACUCUGCGAAGCAGAGGCAGGUGGAUCUCUGAGUUAGAGGCCAGCAUGGUCUGCAAAGUGAGUCCAGGACAGCUAAGACUACACAGAGAAGCCCUGUCUCAGAGAAAAAAAAAGAAGAAAGCAGCAAACUGAGCAAACCACGGAAGCAAGCCUGUAAGCAGCACCCCUCCAAGACCUCUUUUUCAGCUCCUUCCUCUAGGAUCCUGCCCUGUUUGGGUUUCCGGGCUGACUUCCUAGAACAGUGCUAUGGAAGUGUAAUUAAACUUUUUCCUCCCCAACUUUCUUUGAUCAUAGUGUCAUAUCACAGCAACAGUAAUCCUGACUAAGACAGAUUUGAAAUCAUUCCAAAAGUCAUUAUGGUGAUGGAUGUUCAACUCUACAGCAAAAACAUACAUGUGAGAUUUUACUUUUCAUAUGAAGCCUUGGUUUGUAGUCCAGGCUUGCCCUGAAUUAAUGAAUCUCCUGCCUCAGCUUCUUCAGUGCUGGGGUCCCAGGCCUGUGCCACCAAAGACAGCUUUCUGAAGGAGUCUUACAGGUUGCUGAUUUGCAGUAUAAGUAGUACAUAAAUACAAACUGUGCCUCAGGUGGGGACACAACCUAGAGCGGUGAUUCUCAUCCUUCCUAAUGCUGCAACUCUUUAUUUAACACAGUUCCUCAUGUGUGACCCCCAACCAUAAAUCCACUUCAUUGCUA